AUGUCGAUAGCUUGGUCUAGCGUUUUCAAAAGAGAAUUACGGCUUGAAAGAUUUUUACCAAGAGUAUAUUCGACGAAAGUUCCUGAUAAUGCACCAAGAGCGGCUGACAAUGAACAAUGGCUAGAAACCCUAAGACCUAUAACUCACCCAGAACAGAAAAAGUCCGACCAUGAUGUCAGUUACACAAGACACAUUAAUGUUCCUCUGGGCGAAGUCACUUCUGUCAACUAUCUACAACGGUAUAAUAAGCAUAAGCAUAGCCAGGGCAAUUUCGUGGAUGUUCGAAUAGUGAAAUGCAAAAGUGGCGCUGGUGGAAGUGGAGCUGUCUCCUUCUUUAGGGAUGCAGGGAGGUCUAUAGGUCCUCCGGAUGGUGGAGAUGGGGGAGCUGGUGGUAGUGUUUAUAUUCAAGCUGUUGCGGGGUUGGGAUCUCUGGCGAAGAUGAAGACCACAUAUACCGCUGAAGACGGAGAAGCAGGUGCUGCCAGGCAACUGGAUGGCAUGCGAGGAAGAGAUGUUUUAAUACAAGUUCCUGUGGGUACUGUUGUAAAAUGGUGCUUACCACCCCAAAAAGUUCGAGAGCUCGUGGAAAGAGAAAUGCGCAAAGACAAUAAUGCUACAUUAAGGUCUAUACUUGGCUCAACAGCCGUCAACUUAAGCGUUUCUUCUGGUUCUCAUCGGAAAAAAAUACAACUAUACAGACAUGAAAUGGCGGAGAGUUGGCUCUUCAAGGACAAGGCCAAGGAAUACCAUGAGAAUAAGGACUGGUUCAAAGAUUUACAUAAGAAAAUGGAGGCAUACGACCACUCGUUAGAACAAUCUGAACUGUUUAAUGAUCAGUUUCCACUGGCUGGUCUUGACUUAAAUCAGCCAAUGACGAAACCAGUAUGUCUGCUGAAAGGUGGCCAAGGUGGACUCGGUAACAUGCACUUUUUAACAAAUUUGAUUAGAAAUCCAAGAUUUUCCAAACCCGGCAGGAAUGGGUUGGAACAGCAUUUUUUAUUCGAAUUGAAAAGCAUUGCUGAUCUUGGACUCAUUGGUUUGCCUAACGCUGGAAAAUCAACUAUACUAAACAAAAUCUCAAAUGCAAAACCGAAAAUAGGGCACUGGCAAUUCACCACACUGAGCCCUACGAUUGGCACAGUUUCCUUGGGUUUUGGGCAAGACGUCUUCACUGUGGCCGAUAUACCUGGAAUAAUACAGGGAGCAUCAUUAGACAAAGGGAUGGGUCUUGAGUUUCUAAGGCAUAUAGAACGUUCCAAUGGUUGGGUAUUUGUCCUUGACCUCUCUAAUAAAAACCCUUUGAAUGACUUACAAUUACUGAUAGAGGAAGUUGGUACUUUAGAGAAAGUCAAGACCAAAAACAUACUAAUUGUAUGUAAUAAAGUCGAUAUUGAUGCCGAGAAAUCCGAAUCAUUUGCCAAGUACCUACAGGUUGAGAAAUUUUCCAAAAGUCAGGAAUGGGACUGUGUUCCGAUAAGCGCCCUCAGAGAGGAAAACAUAGAUGUGUUAAAGAAAAAGAUGUUUAAGUGUGCUCGUCAGUCUGAAUUUGACAAGUAG